ACAGAGACGCUCGUGGGCUCUUUUCUUCCGGGUCACGGUCAGGCGUGUUGCUGAACAACAUUCAGGUAAAUCAUGGCAUCAGCAGAGGAUGACUUUCCCCGGGGAGGGACAGUAAAGAAGAAGUCUGCUGACAGUAAAAUCGCGGUGGGACGAGCUCAAGUGGACAACCUGUUCCAGGUGAAUGAACCAACAGAGAAUAAAAAAAGAAAAGGACGAGCCAAAGAUGAGAGCAAACCACUCAAAAAGCAGAAAUCAGAUGAUGCCCUGAUGCUCAAUGCUCCUGCUAAGAACCUGGAGAUUCUUCACACCAAGAACGUGAAGGUGGGCAUGCUGAUGCUGGGUUGUGUGAAGACGGUGGCAGACUUUGAGGUGAGCGUGGGUCUGCCCUGUGGCCUGCAAGGCUUCCUCAGCAUCAAAAACAUCUGCGACUCCUACACCAAGCUGCUCAGCGAUCAGCUGGAGUCUGAUGACGCAGAGAUCUGCUCCCUGCCCCACCUUUUCCACCCCGGCAUGGUGCUCAGAUGUGUGGUCGCUCAGUUGGAUGUCACAAAAGGAGGAUCACUGAGCAUCCAGCUGUCAAUCAACCCAAAACUGGUCAACAAGAGUGUCACUUCCAGCUCCCUGAAGGCUGGAAUGGUCUUGAGUGGGUGUGUGGAGAGUGUGGAGGAUCAUGGCUGCAUUAUUGACAUAGGUGUCAACGGAACCAAAGCUUUUCUGCCUGAAGAAGCCAUGAAAACAGAACAAAACCAACUACGAGAGCUCAGAUUGGGUCAGUAUCUGACCUGUUUAGUGGAGCGGGUCAAAAACGACGGACGCGUAGUCAGCCUCUCCGUGAACCCGGCUGCUGUCGCUCAGGCGUGUGCUGAACCCAGACAGGGCUGGAGCCUCAGCAACCUUCUGCCGGGCCUUUUGGUCAAAUCUACCGUCAAAAAGGUGACCAAACACGGGCUGCUGCUGGACUUCCUGUCUUCCUUCAGUGGCCAGGUGGAUUUCCUGCACAUGGAGCCUGAACCGACAUCUACCUACACAGAGGGACUUCAAGUGCAAGCGUGUGUUCUCUACGUGGAGCCGUCCUCCCGGCUGGUGGGACUCAGCCUGCGCAGACAUCUCCUCCAGCCCAGUUCCGGAAUCGAACCCUCUCCUGCUGAGGGGGACCGGAUUGGGGAAGUGCUGAAGGGGUGCAAGUUGGCAGCCAUGCACCACAAGUCCGGAGCUGUGCUGGAGUUGCCGGACGGAAGCCCAGCGUUUGUGCACAGGAACCACCUGAAGGAGCCGAACGAGCCGACCAAUGAGAACAGAGUGUACGCAGCACCUGAGCACACCUGCAGGAUCCUGGACUUCAGUCCCAUGGAACAGAUUCAUUUUGCCACUUUACGAAAGAGCGUGAUUGAGAAGCCCUUUUACAGAUACCAGGACCUGAAGGCUGGUCAGGUGGUGGAGGGGACGGUGUCGGUCCUCCUGAGUCAUGGGAUGGUGGUGCAUCUGUCGGACCACAUCAAAGGUCUGGUGCCUCGCACCCACCUCUCCGACAUCGUCCUGAAGAACCCAGAGAAGAAGUAUGCGCCGGGCAUGAAGGUGAAAUGCCGGGUUCUGUCCGUAGAUCCCGAGGGUAAGAAGCUGUACCUGACCCGAAAAAAGGCUCUGGUGGAGAGCCCCCUCCCUCUGUUCCUCACUUACUCUGACGCGCGUCCCGGCCGCGUGUCGCAUGGCUACGUCGUCUGCAUCAAGGAUUUUGGCUGCAUUGUCCGUUUCUACAACGAUGUGAAAGGCCUGGUGCCGCUCAGCGAGCUCAGCUCCGAGCCCGUUGUCCAUCCGGAAGAUGUCUUUUAUGUUGGACAGGUUUUAAAAGCUGCAGUUCUUCAGUGUGACCCAGAGAGAUCCAAGAUGAUUCUGUCAUUUAAGGCAGCAGUGGAGGGAGGUGCUGCCGAGGCCACUGAGGCUCAUGUUGACUGUGACGUAGGGAAGAGGCUGGAAGCAAAGGUGGUGAAAAAGUCUGUCAACGGUCUGGAGGUGGCCAUCCUACCCGAUGAAAUUCGUGCCAUCUUACCCACAAUGCAUCUGUCUGAUCACGUGUCCAACUGCCCUCUGCUGUGGGAAAGCCUGCAGGAGGGGGACGUCAUCUCGGACGCCGUCUGCUUCAACAGAAUCAACCUCAACAUCACUCUCACCAAGAAGCCCGCGGUCAGGAGGAUUUUGGAGGAAGGAGCAGUCGCCAAAAACUUCUCUGAGCUCACAGUGGGAAUGCAGCUAGUUGGAUGGGUGAAGAACAUCAUGCCCUAUGGCGUCUUCGUGGAGUUCCCCUACGGCCUUCUGGGUCUCGCUCCCAAAUCUGCAAUGAGCGACAAGUUCAUCAGUGACGCGACCGCCGCCUUCCAGCUGGGCCAGACCGUCUUCGCCAAGGUGACCAACCUGGAUGAGGAGAAGCGGCGAUUCCUGGUCACACUGAAGAUCUCCGAGGUCAUCUGUCCAGAGGGAGACGUCUAUACCAGACUGAUCAACGGUCUGCAGGAGAGGAAAGCUGUGAAGGAAAUGAUGUCCUCCAGAGACGGUGCAGAGCUUGCCCAGAGUCUGGCUGCGCUGUCAGUGGGCGAGCGCCUGAUGCUGACGGUGGAUUCUGUGAAGGACAGCGGCGCCAUCUUUAAGUCAGACCGCCUGACCAGUGCCACGGUUCUGGCCAGCAAACAACACAUGACGGGGGUGAACCUGACUGUCGGACAGAAGGUUUCAGCCCCCGUCCUUCACGUCGACCUUCUCUCUGCUUGUGUCUACGUGUCCGUCCUUCCCAAGCUGGUGGGGAAAAAGAAAACGCUGAAUAAAGGUUACAGAUACACUGCCACGGUGCAGCACGUCGACACCGACUUCGCUGUUGUUUCUCUGGGCGACACGGCACAGCUGGCUGUGAUCCAGACCAGGAACCACCUGAACGAGGUUGUCAUUCAUGAGUCUGAAAAGCUGGACGUAGGGAGAACUUUCCCUGUUCAAGUGGUGGAGGCCAGCUGCGAGGAGCUGCAAGGCCUUCCCCUGGUGUCGUGGGAGCACAGAGCACCCCAACGCCAGCGCACCACCUCAGAGGGCCAGGCAGGCUCCCGGGGCCACCGCUUUGGAGAAUUCCUGCAGGGCACGGUGCGCGCCGUGAAGCCCACCUGCAUCCAGGUCACGCUGGAGGACGGAAGCAAAGGCAGUGUGCACGUGUCCCAGGUCGUGGAGCCCAGCCAAGUGCGUGUGGGAUCCUUCCCGACAUCCUCGGUGAAGGUGGGCAGCCGGGUCACCGCCAGGGUAAUUGGGGGAUGGGAGGCUUCCAGUAACAGAUUCCUGCCUUUCUCUCAUCCCAGGUUUACUUACACCAUUCCGGAGCUCACACUCAUACCCAGCAAACUGGACGAGAACGUCGAUUUACCAUCAGUUUCAGCCAAAGAGAAGCUGGAGCUCUACAAGGCGGGUGAUGAAAUCACCUGCUUCGUGUCAAAGUUUCAUGCUGACCGGAGGUCGUUGGAGGUCACCACUGAUCCAAGUGUCACCGGGACGGUGGAGCUGCUUGCCAUGAUUACCGACCCUAAGGAUGCUGGUCACCCCGAAAAACUGUACAAGCUGGGCCAGGCAGUACGUGCCAAAGUGGUGGAAGUGGGCGUCAAACCUUCUCGCUUCGUGCUCUCGCUCACAGGUGUUCAUAAACUGCAGGAAGGCAGCUCGAGUUUGGGAAUAGUGACCGCCGUUCAUCCACAGCUCGGUCUUCAGGUUAAGCUUCCCUUCAGCAACACCGGCACCGCUUCUGUCAUGGACCUCACCGACGCCUACCGGCCAAACCAGCUGAGCGUGUUCAGCAAAGGUCAGCUGGUCAGAUGUUUCCUCCUGUGUCAAGAAAAAGAAAAGUGGCAUCUGUCUCUGCGUCCUUCAAGGCUGAACUCAAAGCAGCCUAAGGCUGUCAAAGACCCAGAGGUGAAGACUUUGGACGAGCUCCAGGCAGGACAGAUCAUCAGAGGCUUUGUCAAGUCUGUGGGAGAGCAGGGAGUCUUCAUCAGGUUGUCGAGAACAAUCAUAGGAAGAGCCCAGCUUCAGCAGGCCACACAGUACUUUGUCAACAGCCACAGCGUGUUGGCAGAACAUCUGCAGCCCAACUCUCUUCUCAGCACAAAAGUCCUCAGCAUCGACAAAGAGAAGGAGUUUGUGGAGCUCUCCCUGCUUCCUGCAGACACGGGGAAGCCCGACGUCCUGCCAGAGUCCCUGGACCUGCCGCUGCGUCUCACUGGAGAGCAGAAGCAGAAGCACGACCUGAGGCAGAAGAGGAAGCGCCAGCUGUCUGAGGGUGAACAGAAAGGAGAAGAGUCCCAGAUACCAACAAAGAAUAAGAAGAAGAAAGAGAAAAGGAGAGCGAAGGCUGAUGGGGAAGACAGCGGAGUGGAAGUGUACUUCAGGGAGGAAGACGAGGAUGAAGAAGCAGAAGACAAACCAAGAAGAUCAAAGGAGACUCCCGGCUCAUCCGGUCCGUCCAGGCUGCAGGUGACGGCAGGUUUCUCCUGGGAUGAAGGUUUGAGCGCCUUGAAGCCCCCGUCUGCUGCUCAGGAUGCAGAGUCCAGUGACGCCGAAGAUCAAGACAGAAGUGAGAAGACCCAGAAGAAGUCGCGCCGUGAGCUGGAACAGCAGAAGAAGGCAGCAGAGAGGGCUCUGGUUCAGCGUGAGGCCGAGCUGAUGGACCCGAACCUGCGACCGCAGGAUGACUCUGCCUUUGAGCGCCUGAUCCUGGCCUCCCCCAACAGCUCCCUGCUGUGGCUGCAGUACAUGGCCCACCACCUGCAGGCCACGCAGAUCGAACAGGCCCGUUCUGUUGCGGAGAGGGCCCUCAAAACCAUUUCCUUCAGGGAGGAGCAGGAGAAGCUGAACGUGUGGGUAGCCUUGCUGAACCUGGAGAACAUGUACGGAACGGAGGAGAGCCUCAAGAAGGUGUUCGAGCGAGCCGUGCAGUUCUGUGAGCCCAUGCCUGUGUACCAGCAGCUGGCAGACAUCUACAGCAAGUCCAACAAAACCAAGGAAGCAGAGAGCUUGUAUAAAACGAUGGUGAAGCGUUUCCGUCAGAACAAAGGGGUUUGGCUGAGCUAUGGCACCUUCCUUCUGCAGCAGGGUCAGAGCGACGCUGCCAGUGCUCUCCUGCAGAGGGCGCUAGCGAGUCUGCCUGCCAAAGAAAGUGUCGAUGUGAUUGCCAAGUUUGCUCAGCUGGAGUUCCGUUACGGCAAUCCAGAGACGGGUCGGAACAUGCUGGACAAGGUCUUGACGAGUUAUCCCAAGCGGACGGACCUGUGGUCCAUCUUCAUCGACCUCGAGAUCAAACACGGCUCCCAGAAGGAAGUCAGGGCGCUCUUCGAUCGGGUGAUCCACCUCAGCGUUUCUGCCAAGAAGAUCAAGUUCUUCUUCAAGCGUUACCUGGAGUACGAGAAGAAGCACGGCACAGCGCAGAGCGUCCAGGAUGUCAAAGACAAAGCUGUGGAGUUUGUGGAAGCUAAAGGUGCGGAAGCUUCCAGCUGAAGGAUCAAACUGGCUCCUCCGGUUAUCGUUUCUGGACAUGAAAGCUGGAUAUCUGCGUCAGAUCAGACUUUUGAGGGCAGCUGUUGCUCUUUUUGUAUGAGAACGUUUUUAAGGAUCAAAGCAGAACUUCUGUAACUCCGACAGGUUUUCUAUGAACUUUCUUUCAAUAAAUCCAACACAUGA